GCGUGUGCGCGUGUGCCUGGGGAGGACCACUGUGUGAGGAUACAAAGGCAGCUGAUUUGCUUUCCCAGGUCUGGCUACGAGCAGGACAUUGAGUUUGGAGCCCGGCUACCACAGGAGACGUGUGAGGGCGUGAGCCAAGAGCAGGGGAACAAAGAGUCUGGUCAGGACGUAACCGUCAACCUCCUGGUCAUCUCCACCGUCUGUUCGUUCGUGUUGGGAGGUCUCGUGUCGGGGCUGCUGCUGUCCCUUUACUGCAGACGUGCCCUGAGCAAGGCAAAGCGCAGCAGCAAAAUGGCCGACACCUGCUGCCCAUCUCCCACCAUCUCGCUCCCCACCUUGGUCAAGCUCAACAGGCUGCUGGAGUUGGAUGGCGAUGCCAAGGAAGGGAAAGAAGACGGCUGCUCACCCCGGAUGUACACCAGCUUCCUGGUCAAUGGCGAGCCCAAGAACCCGCAGGACCAAUGCCCGCAGUUGGUCGGGUUGCCAACACCGGACGCCACUCCAGAACUUCCAGUGAGAAGGUCGACGGGUUUGAGGAACCUGAACCACAAUGACGCCAAGGACUUUGGAGAGGUCAAGGCUUGCAGGCUAACCGGCCCCAUACGUCGCUCCCCGAGCGGGCAGAACGUCCACAUCCCGAGCGCGGCCGUCCUGCCCAACAAUACACACGAUCGGCCUGUGCCUGCGCUUGCUCCCGCACACGGUGCCCGCGAGCGAGACGCAAUCACAGUCCGGGACGAGCACAAACUCCCCACUGCUCUCCCGAUCAAGGAGGUCGCACUGGACACACUGAUGAGACAAAUCCAGGAGAUGGGUGGAAGCACGGAAGCCAAGCUGAUCGAUACAGCCAUCGUGUGCCCAGCCGUCCCUUUGGCAAACCGCAACCAGCCGAGAGUGCCCGAUACCGAGACGGCAGCCUAUUACACCUCCUGCACGCUGCCUCGGGACAGCUUGGUUGGCACGUGCCCACCGGGAGGGCAGUGCCGGUCGGCGGUGGAAGCCAACGGGAGAUCGCUGCUGUCACGGAAUCCACUGCCGCCUUCUCCUGGAGUCACGGACCACACCGCAAGCAGGCCUGCCCCCUGCGAGCCGGGCAGCCUCCCUCCUCCAGGUUUAGCUCGGACGGAUUCCCAAGCUGGCACGGGGCGGAGGGUAAGAAGGGCAGCGUCCAUCAAGCCUGAGCUCCUGCCUAAGCCGCUGCUUCCUCAGAGUCCUGGGAAGCCUCUCAGUUAAUUUGAGGUCCUACAGCAGUGUUGGCCAACCUUCUUGAUCAGCCAACCAACUGCAUUCUCUUGAUUGAAUCUUCCUUGAUUUAUGGCAACGCAGCGCCACUCGGUAGCUACGGGAAACAAGGCAUUGAUUUGGAACGUGCCUCAUCCCCGGGCGGCUGCCAGUGUUGGGCAGGCCACGUCACGACAGCCCCAUGGACCAGAAGUGGCCCGCGGGUUGGCCAUCACUGCCCUUCAGCAAGGGAGUGCACGUGCAUCUGACUCCUAACCCACAGUAGCACAGCAGUUGGCAAUCCCAAUGAUCCUCGACUUGACCUCCAGGGGGUGAGGAACCUGAAUGACAAUCCAUUCGAUCCAUUGGAUGACAACUGGGUGGUUUCAGACGGACUAGGAUUGGAAGAUAAGAUCUUAACGUUCGCCUUUUGCAUUCCGUCCCUACCCCAGCAACUCACUACGCAAGAGCUUCAAGCCUUAUUAAUCACGAACAGCCAUAACAACGACAACUUACACUGACAUUGCCCCCGCCACACAGGGUAGUGUCUCGGAGCCAUUCAGACGUGGGAACGCACAGAGAGAAGCACAUUUCAGCGAUUGUACAAUUGUACAGCGCCUUUCACGUAACCAGUUGGGUCCCCGAGCGCUGUGGAGCGCCCGUCCGAGCCCCUCAGAGGCUUCCUGGCAGAUCCGAGGAUGGAUUUACGGGCAACAGCACAGCACACUCAAAGUCCGUGCGACAUUGCCAACGCAUCCAGUCUUCCACUGUACCCAGCGAGCAACAACAAGAACAAAUUCCAUUUGCACAACUCCUUCCACGUCAGGAGGACGUCCCAAAGUGCUGGACGGUCAACGAACAGCUCGAGGAGAGGCACAGUCUGCAGUGACUGAGAAACGAGUACAGGGACUAUAUUGACAAUAUAUUGGGGUGAAAAUUGCUGGCGCUGAACGUGGUUAAAUGAGGUGCGGGGAGGGGGGGGGGUCAAAGCCAUGCGAUGGAGAGACCCCGGGGUUGUGUUUUGGCUCUGUAUCCAUGGAGCACACUGCGAGUACCCACGUGUAUGUAUACCCAUGAGUACGUGCGGAGCAAAGAAAGGCUUUGCCUUCUGACCCAUUGGAACUUUCACGGACAUCUUUCACCGUUUGCUGCCGACACGAACAAACCUUUAUGCAAAGUUUAACCGCCUUUAAAUUAUUGUUUUUUUUCACCCAAA